AUGCGGCCUCAGCGGUGGUACACAUGGCUUGGUCUGCUCGGCUUGGCGGCAGCGGCAGAGGUUGACUGGGCGUCCCUUCACUGCCCCGACGACGACUUGACCACUCUGCCCACGCCCACCUACGGCAGCGAGGGCGCCGUCUUUAUGGCGUGCACGGAACUCAUCAUUGACGCAUCGGCGCAGACCAUUUACGACACCUUGAUUGAUUUCAAAAACUACCACGUCUGGAACUCGUUUGUCGUCGACGUCGACGUGCCCCCAGAGGUGCAGGAGACGCCGGACGACGUUUACGUCGGCAUGCCCAUGACCUUUACCAGCAGCGGCUUGAUCCCUCUGAUCAACACCACGAGUGAUGAGAGAAUCACUGUACUGCAAGACGACAGCAGUCUGGGAUACCUCAUGAACACCUGGAGAUUUGAUCCCGCGUUCAACCUGUCCUUUGCCCCGGCUGAACAUCCCAAUAUCCUGACUGAUGCGGGAGAUGGCAAGACGAGAUAUCUUUCUUAUGAGACGUACUAUGCAGGACUGGGGACCCCUCUCGUAUUGACGCUCAAGCCUCAGCUGCAAUCAUCUUUCGACCAACAAGGCCUGGAUUUGAAGGCGUAUGUUGAAAGCCUCUAG